AUGCGUUGGACACUCUUUGCCUGUUUUGUGAGGCUAGCGUCUCUACUCCUCCUCGCCGACACGGCCUCCGCCCAAACAAAGUACAAAGUACAAAAGCCUCCCCUCGACACAGACUGGACCUACAAGGUCGGAACGAACCCAUGGCCAGAGCAUCCACGACCUCAACUCCGCCGCGAUGCAUGGAAGAGCCUCAACGGCAUCUGGACUUGGAAAGCCGCCAAUGACGAGAAGGAUGUCGAGAACCUUCCAAAAGCCGAAGCCUUGGAGCGCGAGGUACUGGUGCCGUCAUGUAUCGAGAGCGCUCUCUCUGGGCUUCAGAUCUUGGAUGUCCGGGAUAUGUGGUAUGAGAGGACGUUUGAGGUUCCGGAAGAGUGGAAGGAUCGAAAGGUGUUGCUCAACUUUGAGAGCGUCGACUACAAGGCCACCGUGUUUGUCAAUGGAGUCAAGAAGACGACUCAUAUCGGAGGAUACGACCGGUUUACUAUCGACGUGACUGAAAAUGUCAAGUUUGGUGCCUCGAAUGAAUUGCUCGUCUUUGUCCACGACCCAACAGACUCCGACAUUAUCCCCAUUGGCAAACAGACUUUGAAACCUAGUCAUAUCUUCUACCGUUCAUGCUCGGGUAUCUGGCAACAAGUGUGGAUCGAAGCCGUGCCUGAGGACCACAUCACGCAACUUGACGUUGCUGCAGGCGCUGAUAGCAAGGUUUCUGUGACUGUGCAUACUUCACAGCAGGCCAAGGGAUUUUUCCAGUUUGCCCUCACUGAGGCAGAUGGGAGCACAAAGGCAACACACUCUGGAGUCACCAAUCAAGAGUUCACCUUUACCGUCGAAUCACCUAAACUAUGGUGGCCCGACUCACCUGCUCUCUACAAUCUCACCAUCACCCUAGAAAGCGGUGACAAGGUCCACAGCUACACAGGCUUCCGCACCAUCUCCAAGGGAAAGGUGAAUGGUGUCACUCGGCCGCUUCUCAACGGCGAGUUUGUCUUUCAGUUCGGAACUCUUGACCAAGGGUUUUGGCCCGAUGGUUUAUACACGCCUCCCAAUCGUGAGGCCAUGAUAUCUGACCUGCAGCUUCUCAAGGAGUUUGGGUUCAACUCAAUCCGUAAGCAUAUCAAAGUCGAACCGGAUCUGUUUUAUCAGGCUUGUGAUCAACUUGGCCUCAUGGUUAUCCAGGACAUGCCCAGUCUUCCCGCUAGUGGCGACCGCAAGCCUGACUCGAAGCAGCAAGCCGAGUUCAGACGGCAGCUUGAGGUGGUUAUUAACCAACACAAGAACUAUCCUUCGAUUGUCACUUGGGUCAUCUACAAUGAAGGUUGGGGUCAACAAGCUGUCUCGCCGCCACCUGAACAAGACUUGACAAAGCUCGUCCGCCAGUUGGAUAAGACGAGACUCAUCAACUCUGUUAGUGGGUGGGAUGAUCACGGCUUUGGUGACUACCAUGAUAACCACAACUAUGCUGAGCCUCAGUGUGGCACCCCCUUCUACUCACAACCGAAGACACCAUACGACCCCGAACGAAUUGGCAUCGCCGGCGAGUACGGUGGCAUUGGUCACAACGUCUCCCUUGAACACCUCUGGGAUGUCAAAGAAGCCAUCGCCACCAUCAAAGAAACCUACGAGAUCAAUGAGAAUCUCGAAUCGUACAACUACCGCGCCAGCGUUCUUUUCCGUGACAUUCGCGAGCAGACGCAGCGUUUCGCCUGCAGUGGUGCCAUUUACACGCAGACCACAGACGUGGAGGGCGAGGUAAACGGUUUGGUUACGUAUGAUCGCCGGUUCCUACGGCCACAGCUUGAAAAGUGGCAGGAUGAUAUACAGAGCGUGUAUAAAGCUGCUGCUUCGAGGGGAGGUCUCAAGGUGGAAGGAAAGGGAAAGAGGGAUGGUAGGUCGUUGCUGGACCUGUGA